CCAUGCUACGCAGGCUACAGCGAAACUAUUUCUGUCGUAUUUUUUAUCCUGAAAAAUAUGUCUUCGCGAAGGCAAUGAACCCAUUUUUUGUUAAACAUAGGAGCUAAUAAGUCAUUCUCUUAACACACAUGCUUUUUUGUUUUGGAUUUUAGGUGGUUUCACUCGAAUGUUUCUGGUUAUGAUGCAGAAAAGUUGUUGUUAGGGAGAGGUUUGCAUGGCAGCUAUCUUGUUCGUCCAAGCAAGAGUAAUCCUGGGGACUUUACGCUGUCACUUAGGUAAGUGCAACAGGAUUAUAAGUAAGACAAUCGUGGUCUAAGAAAAAAAGGUUAAAAAUUUACUUCCUCUUUUCGCCAUCGCUUGGUGUUGCGUUUAAGCGGGUUAGAUGAGUUGAGCUGGAAGAGAGUGGCGCUUGAAUUGGUCACUGAUUAUGAUCGAUAUAGAAUUUCCUUCCCUGAGGGUGAUUUUUUUCUUAAAAAAUUGGAUAACAUUGAAGAGGUUUCUCAUCCUUGCAUUUGCCGAUUUGCGUGAGAGGUAAGCCAAAUUUUAAGGUAGAAGGCUGAUAGAAAAUCAACUAUUUACUGAAGUGACAUUUAUGUGCGUAUGCUCAUUUUGCAUUUUCAUCAAGAGGCAGUUAAGACCAGAUGUCGGUAGAUCAAUUUUAAAGCCAAUUGACGAUAAUCGAAAUGCAAAUUUAGUACUGUUUCAAUUUGAUCAGUGCUGUAAGCGUUGUGAAAGUUUGAUUUUGAACCGACUAUUCGAUCGGGAACUUCCGAAAAAUAUUGUGUUCCUGGAAAGCUUCUGUGCACACAAAAAAUAUUAUCCAAAUAAUCUCUUACGCUAAUCCUAACUUUGUUCUCCGUUUUAUGUUAUCUUCCUCAACAUCUUCCCUUUAAAACACCUACGCAUUGAUGUCAGUUCUAAGGAUCAUAUGUGUGACCGAGCCGCGCGAGUAAGGGAGGUAGCGAAUGACAACCAAUAAAAGACAAAAUGCAUACAAAACAAACAUGAAUUUAAUGGCCAAUUAGUGGAAAAGAAAUACAAUAGACUCAAACACUAGGAAAACGAAUAAAGCAACAAAAAGGGAAAGAAAAGGGGCGAUGAAAAGGGCAAUAGCGUAAAAGGAAACAACGAUGCUAAAAAUUACUAAGACGGCUAAACAAUACAACUAAGGGAACAAAACUACACUAAAAUGUGAAAAGUAAACAAAACACGCUAUUAAAGAAACAUGCUAGGUCAAACACUAGGAAAACGAAUAAAGCAACAAAAAGGGAAAGAAAAGGGGCGAUGAAAAGGGCAAUAGCGUAAAAGGAAACAACGACGCUAAAAAUUACUAAGACGGCUAAACAAUACAACUAAGGGAACAAAACUACACUAAAAUGUAAAAAGUAAACAAAACACGCUAUUAAAGAAACAUGCUAGGUCACGAAAGAAGAACAAGCGUGACAAGUAGCACGUGACUCUUGUCAAGAGCCAUAUGAUACAAAGACAAGAAAACAGAAGCUAAACGAGGUCAAACGGAAGACACUGAAAGGUUGUGAUCUACGAUCUCGCAUAAAACGGUGGCAAAACUAAGCAAAACACUAAGCUAAAGGAAUAACAACGGCUAAGAAACUAAAGGAUGAUGAUUUUAGAGCGAAAGUGCUCGAUACAACAGCGGAAAACAACAAAACCAAGAAACGAUGAAAUCUACAACACGAAAGUAAUAGUACGGUCGCUGGUAGACUACGAGCAGUCUCUCUUUUUUCUGUAGUCGGUCGAGCAAAACGUGAGACACGCGCGUGACUGAUGGCGCGAGACAAGAGCAGUCUCUCUUUUUUCUGUAGUCGGUCGAGCAAAACGUGAGACACGCAAGUGGCCACGCGCGUGACUGAUGGCGCGAGACAAGAGAGGCACGAAAAAAUAGAGACUACCCGCAAAGCCAGAGAGAAUGGUCUUUCACGGUCUAGUGAUUUUUUGGCGUCAAAUCUUUAGUGUUGACAGGCCAGGCACGUGGAACGUGACUUUAGAGUUGGCUUGAACAACAGAUGUUUUUCUAUUUUUCUUUUUAAAGUGCAGGUUAUGCAGUGCAUAGAGUUAGAGUCGAUUCUUAGCUAAUUGACUGAGUAAAUUUUAAUUUUGGCCGCUGGUCUCACAUUCAGAGGUCAUGAAGCUGGUCUAUUUCUCUUAUAUUAAUAAUUCAUUUCCUGUGCUUUAUGUUUUGAAUGAGGUCACCCGAGGCCUAGUUCUUGUUUGCAGGAUGUUGAAUUUUCAUGGGACAGUGUUCUACAUAUCCUAAUUGUAGCUUAACUAAAGCUAAGCCAACGCUGCAAGUCACUCAAGAUCAUUCUUUUGGCGCCGAUUUGUUUUUUUGUGUUUUCUUUCUUUCUUGAGAAUGUUUGUUCUAUAGCGCGAUGUCCUGUAGUGCAUCCGUUGGUAAUUACUAUUGUUUUAGCUUUAUAAAAUAAAUAGUCUAAGAGUCUUCCAGUCUAUGUUUCUUUCUGUUGUAAGUUCUAAAGUAAGA